AUGUCGAAAAAGACGAGCGUUCUUCUGAUAGGUGCUGGGGGGGUUGGCACGAUGGCAGCUUACAAUCUUGAAGCUGGGGGUCUAGCAACCGUUACUGCUGUUUUGCGCUCCAACUUCAAGGCUGUUAAGGAGAGCGGCUUUACCAUUAAGUCUUUGGAUCAUGGGGAUGUAGAAGGAUGGAGACCAACGAAGAUACUGAACUGGGUUCCAAAUGUCUCCAAAGAAGGCUCGAUGGUAUACGACAUGAUUUUGGUAACUACGAAGAAUGUUCCUGACAUCUCACCAACAGUCGUGGAUCUCAUACGGCCUGCUGUAACACCCAGACAUACAACCAUAGUUCUACUGCAAAAUGGGCUGAAUAUUGAGCUUCCAGUCAUUGCGGCUUUUCCAAGUAAUCCAAUCGUGUCCGGAGUGUCUCUCAUAGGUGCAACAGAAACAGCACCUGGAUGUAUCCUACAUGACGAUCAAGACCGCCUCUUGGUCGGUGCUUUUACAUCACCCUCCUCCAUCAUCUCUGCUUCCCUCUCAGUAGCAGCAGCUGAGAAAUUCGUCGAGCUCUAUUCUGCUUCCGGAAAGGUUUCUUGCACAUACGAGCCUGACGUAGGAUUUGUAAGAUGGCGAAAGCUUAUCUAUAACGCAAGUUACAAUGGAGCCUGUGCGAUUACGGGCAUGGACACGAGUCGGAUGCGGAUGGCGGAGUUUCCUAUUGAAGAUAUUAUCAGACCGCUCAUGUACGAAGUCUGGGAGAUUGCUAAAGCCAAAGGAUAUGACAUUCCAGAAGCUGUGGUUCAAGAUAUGAUUGACUGUGAUCCUUGGGAUACUUACUUCAAGCCUAGCAUGUUGCAAGAUGUUGAAAAGGGAAAUUAUAUCGAGUUCGAAAACAUCGUCGGCGAGCCUUUACGUGAGGCGGAAAAGCUCGGAAUUCCCGCCCCUGGUCUCAAGAUGCUCUACGGACUUCUGAAAAUCAAGCAGUUGCAAAUCAAGGAGAAGAAGGGAGCAAUAUCUAUGCCAAUGAAAGAUGGUCCAAGUGCCUCUGGUUGA